AAUAAAGAAAGGGUAGUUCAGUCAAUUGAAAAGCAAAACCGCGUCAACAGAGGCGUCUGUAGACUGUAAUAGCAGCAGCGAGUGGAAAACCUAUGUAAAGAGCUGCUCUGAAACCCUCAAGAACCUUCCCACUCUCUCAACCCAAUAAUAUAACCCCACUCCCUCUCUCGCUCCCCUCUCUCAAACCCAAAUUCUCUCUCUCUCUCUCUCUCUCUAAGCGGAGCAUAAUGGGCGAAGAAGAGCACCAGAUAAACCAGGUCGGGGAAAGUACCCAGAGAGGCUACGAGCUGAGCGGCAGGAUAAUGCUGACGGCGAUAGUGAUACUAUUCUUCGUGGUCAUCCUCAUGGUCUGCCUUCACCUCUACGCGCGCUGGUACCUCGUCCGCGCCCGCCGCCGACAUAGCCGUCGCCACCGCCGCCGCACCAACCUCGUCUUUUACAUGGACUCCGCAAACCCCGAGUCCGCUGCCACCGUUUCCGCUGCCAAUCGUGGCCUCGACGCGUCCGUCCUCAAGUCCAUCCCGGUUUUUGUCUACUCCUCCAAGACCCACCCGGACAUGACUCCGGAUUGCGCCGUUUGCCUCUCCGAAUUCGAAGAAAACGAAACGGGUCGGACCCUUCCCAAGUGCCGCCACAGCUUCCACAUCGAGUGCAUCGACAUGUGGUUCCACUCCCACUCCACUUGCCCGCUCUGCCGGACAUCGAUUGAACCCGACUCGGUAACCGAGAAUCAGGCUGAGUUUGUUAUUUCUGUUGUCGACCCGGCGGGAAACGAACCGGGUUCGAGUUCCGGGCUGUGUUCCGACUGUCAAUGCGAAGAGGAGCAAACGGGUCAGCCAUCGUCGUCGAUUGCGGCCCGAAGGAAGCCCAUGGAACUCGCGGGCGUGUCCAUAGAGGUCCCGAGACGAAACGAGAACUUCAGGGACGAGUCGGCUUGCGACUCGCCGUCAGUUCAGGGCGGGUUCAGGUCGCCGAUGAGUCGCAUGUUGUCGUUUACGAGGAUUCUCAGCAGAGACAGAAGAGCGAGCGCGUCGCCAACCUCGGAUAUUGAGCGAGGAAUUGACGAGACUCGGCAAACUCAGGUUUGACCCGGGGCGACUCAGUAUGUUAGAGUGAGUUGACUCGGGCGGUUUGAUCUGUUGGAGGUUUGAGGAAGAAAAGACAUUCGGCGACUGUCCGUCUCUUGUCUCUAUGCUAUUGGUGGGGAUUUGGAUAUGCAGGUGGCAGUAUUCUAUUUACUUUAGAUUUCUCUCGCAGCCUUGGGUUGACCGGGAAUGUUUGACCCGUGUGAAUAUAGUUACCACUUUUUUGUUUUUA